UUGGAUGGGGGAUAAGAUGAGGCCUCCAUUUGUCUCUUACCCUAAACCCUCAUAGGUGGCCAUUAAAAUCUCCAAGACUCUGCCUUUUUGUAACUCAAAGAAGGCAGCUGAGGUGGUUUAGAUAAGGACAUCCCUGUGGGUGUCCAGGAGGUCGAUGAACUGGAAGACUACAGUACAAUAAUUAAUGGUCAUGGUGUGAACAUUGAAGUCACCCAUGGACAUGGAAGGAUCUAGAAGGCCUAGAAGAGUCCUGUGGUCCAAGUGUGGCUGGCCCAGCCAACAGGGGAGCUUUCCAAUCUCACGGUUCCUCCCCGGGGCAAGCCCUCUGCAACGCCAAAGCCCUGAAGACUGACAGCCGUUGGAGCGUCCGCCUUCUUCAGCUGGCUCACACCCUGCUGGUCGUCAUGGCUGCUGGGAAGGGUGCUCUGCAGAGCUCUUCGGCUGAAAACACAUGGAGGCUUAGUGAAGCUGACCAGGGCUGGAGCUGCAAGCCAGUGCUGCUGGAAAAAAUGAACAACCUGGGCUCUGAGGCUGCCAUGGGUGGUGGUGGCCGGGAGGAGACCUCUGCUGAGGUGGCACUGUCAGCAACCCCAGGAAAACUCAGACUGGGAAAGCCAAUGGCCCAGAAGGUGUGCUGGGAACAGGGGCAGAGUGCUUUCACAGAGGUGCCCCGACUCAAGAAGAGGCUGGAGGGUGUGCAGGCCAAGGAGAGGGAGCAUGAUAACCCCACAGGCCAGCCUGGUCCCCAGAAGCUGACCCAGGACACCCCCAGGGACCUAGCUGACAGCAAGACCUCUGUGUGGCCCAGUGGAGCCCGAGGGGAGCAGAAAAGCGCCUUCAGCAAACCAGCCAGGUGUCCAGCAGGGAGACCUGGGCCAACCUCUGUCUUCCAGGCACGUGGACCUGCAGAUGCCCUUGGGGAGCUGUUGGGACUCAGCAACACGGUAGACAUCCCUUGUUGGGAUCAGCUUUCAAAUUCUAAGUUUUUGGUGGGUGAUUUCUGGAACCUGCAGACGUUGCCACAAAAUGCUCCUCUCUGCAGUGCUUUCCUGGGGGCCCCCACACUGUGGCUAAAGCAUGCCACAGCCCAGAUGUCCACACCGUCAUCAUCCUCUUCCACUGCCACUUGGGCCCUGCUGCCACCUACGUUCACCUCCCUGGGCCUGUCCACCCAGAACUGGUGUGCAAAAUGCAACCUCUCCUUUCGCCUGACCUCCGACCUGGUCUUCCACAUGCGGUCCCACCACAAAAAGGAACAUGUGAGGCCUGACUUACAUUCUAAGAAGCUGAGAGAAGAGGCCCUCACGUGUCCCAUUUGCCAUGAGUAUUUCCGGGAGCGCCACCAUCUCUCCAGGCACAUGACUUCUCACAGUUAGCAGGUGGCUGUGGAACAGACCUGUAGAUGGAGCUUCUAGCAUUUGGCGGUGGGGCGGAGAUGGCUCACUGGUGCUUCCUUUGAGAAGGCUCGUCAUCGUUGUCUGCAGGGCUGUCUGCAUUGGAGUUGAUAGAUGAACUUGGUCAUCAUUUGAAAAAGACGGUCCUUGGCUCUGAUGUAUUUUGAUGGAAAUAAAGUCAUGAAAUAAAAUGA